GUCUAUAACCGCGCGCGCCUCUCUCUAUCUCUGUCGCCUCUUCUCCUAUUGGGCCGCCGAGCAUCAUCCAUCCCACUAUGCCGCCAGCCGGAACUGGCCGCAACUUGCAACCGCGGCAACCUCCUCCGGCUGCUGCUCUUGAGAAGUUUGAGAGUUGAGGGAGAGAGAGAGGCCGUGAGAGCUCGGGCUGCUCGCUGCCUUUUGCCUCCUCUGCUUUCCUAGGUUGGGACUUGGGAGAGUCUUCGCCAAGGGGAUAGGAAAAGAGAAAGUACUUGCAUACCCCAACAAGGCAACAGCGCCUGCUUUUUGCCUUCUUUUCUCGCCCCCCCUCCCCCCUCCUAUUUUGGCUGGGCUCCUCCUCAACCUCUCCGCGUCUCUUGUUCAUCCAGACAUCCACCACUCGACUUCAUUUCGUUGGAGUGCGAGGCAAGGAGGAGAUCGAGUCGAGGGAGAGCCGCCUCGGUGCACCACACGCACACGGACACCACCACCUAGCUAGUAGCAGCCAUGUGGGAUCUUAACGACUCGCCGGCCGCCGAGGCCACGCCACCGUCCCCGUCCGCCGACGACUCCGGCGCGUCCUCCUCGUCCGCGGCAGCGCACGUCGACAUACCCGACGACGCCGACGACGACUCUGCCGCGGACGCCGUGGUCACGCGCCAGUUCUUCCCGGCCCCGGCCCCGGCGGCGGCCGCCGGCCCGCGCGGGGGCUGGCUCCGCCUGUCCGCCGCGGCCCCGCCGCCCGCCGCGGCCGCCAACGGCGCGACGCCUGCCGGCCCCGCGGGCGCCUCGGCGGCGUCCAAGAAGAGCCGGCGCGGGCCGCGGUCGCGCAGCUCGCAGUACCGCGGCGUCACGUUCUACCGCCGGACGGGGCGCUGGGAGUCGCACAUAUGGGAUUGCGGCAAGCAGGUCUAUUUGGGCGGAUUUGACACCGCUCACGCGGCGGCUCGGGCGUACGAUCGGGCGGCGAUCAAGUUCCGCGGCGUGGAGGCCGACAUCAAUUUCAGCUUGGAGGAUUACGACGACGACAUGAAGCAGCAGAUGGGCAACCUGAGCAAAGAGGAGUUCGUCCACGUGCUCCGGCGGCAGAGCACAGGGUUCCCCCGGGGCAGCUCCAAGUACAGAGGCGUCACGCUCCACAAGUGCGGGAGGUGGGAGGCGCGCAUGGGCCAGUUCCUCGGCAAGAAGUCUGUGUCACGCAGGUACGUCUACUUGGGCCUGUUCGACACCGAGGAGGAAGCCGCCAGGGCAUACGACCGCGCGGCCAUCAAGUGCAACGGCAAGGACGCGGUGACAAACUUCGAUCCCAGCAUUUACGCCGAGGAGAUCGAGCCGGCGGGUUCGUGCCCCCCGAUCCAUGCCAUGCGCCAUCACUCGGCCAAGGGCGGCGACGAGCACAACCUGGACCUGUCGCUGGGGAGCUCGGCGGGGAGCAAGAGGGGCAGCCUCGACGGCGGCGACGACGAGACCUCGGACCAGCGCGUGCCCAUGGCGUUCGACCUCGACUGGCAGACGGCCGCGGCCCGGAGCACGAAAGCAAAGUUCGACGCGAGCUCGAAGCAACCCCAGAUGCCUCCUCCCCCUCCUCCAGCCUUCCAAGCCGGUCACCACCUGGCGUUCGACCCCAGGCAACAUCAGCAAUUCCUGGGCAACGGCGCCGAUCCGGGGACAGCGGGCGGCCUGUCCCUGGCGAUCGGUGGCGCGGGCGGCGGCCACUGGCCUCCCCACCUGCAGCAGCAGCAGCAGCAGCAACAGAGGCUGCUGCACGGCUGGGGCAUCGGCGGCGGCACGAGCUGGCCGCUGCCUCCGCACCCGCCGCCGCCGACCAACGCCGCCGCCGCGACUGCAGCUGCAGCAUCAUCACGAUUCCCUCCCUACGUUACGACGCAAGGCCCGCCGAGCUGGGCUCAGCAGAACGGGUUCCACUCGCUGGCCAGACCCACCUAGAGCCAUUCUCAUGUCAAGAACACGGAGCGUUCGUGGAUCGUCUUCCACGGCAAAGACCAUCUGACGAUCCAGAGCCGAACGAUUCCUCGAGCCGCGGCGACGUUUACCGGAGACAACUGGCCGCGAUUCUUUCCCCCCUUUUUCUUUUUUUCUCUCCCUUCCAGUAUUGCCCCUUCUUCUUUCUCUCUGUUUCUUGAUUGGGUGAGAGACAUGGAUUCGAGGAUGGAUGGGCAUGUAAAUGAGGAGUUCCCGAGACGACGACGAGUGACUGGUAGGCGUCGCAUCAAGCUAGCAGUGUAUCUUUUCGCCGCUUUUAUUCACCAUUGGCCAGCACCGAUGGCACCGGGUGUCAACAUCACAGCUCAUUUUGUUUGGUCUCAUGUUGCAUCACUUGCUGCACGACGGACAUGGCUGGGGAAAUUUGCUGCGUCCACCAGACCACCACCACCACCACCAACGGUGGGCCGACAGAACCUGCCUUCAUCUUAGAAUAUGUGGGGUGUGGGUCUCGUGCUCGUGUUAAAACCUAGUAUUAUGUGCUAAGUGUCAUCAUCAGACAGCACUCAGAUAAUAAGAUAGUUGUAGUAGUAAUCUUGAGAUUACUGCGGCUCCUGUCCUGUCAUGUGGAAGCGUACGGCUUACUGCUGGAAAUCAGAUAGGGUGCCCGAGUCCUUAACCGUCAUUGGAUGGUAAUUGAUCUCUCCUGUAAAGUCUCAAGCCCCAUUGUUGUUGUUCUCUUGAAAUCGACAUCCUUGUCUUUGUUAA